GGCUAUGGCUUUCUUAUGUACAGCACGACGGAGGAGGCGACAUGGGCGCUGGCCCAGAUUGCCAGCUACGGCCUGCAGACGUCGUGGGCACGCGUGAGUGGCGCUCGCGCUAGUGUAUUCUCGUCGUCUGCUGACGCUCGUGCCUCGGCAGGAGAGCUUCAGCUCCAAGCUGCGUCGCAUGGCCGAUCACGACAGCGCCAAUGUCUAUCUGAGCAACCUACCGCUGGACAUGAACAGCUCGGCGCUGGAGCAGCUCUUUGCGCCGCACGUCGUCGUCAGUCUGCGCAUCCUCACGGACAACGACGGCGUCUCGCGCGGCGUAGGCUUCGUGCGCCUGCGCGACCGUGACAUCGCGCAGGAGUGCAUCGACCGCCUGCACGGCAAGAUUCUGCCCGGCACCUCGACGCCGCUGCAGGUGCGCUUCGCCGACAGCGAGGCACAGAAGCGCCUCAAGCAGACGACAGCCAACGCACGCCAGACCGGCGGUGUCGCUUCGGGUGACGCUGCCAGCCCGAAGCUGACCGGCAGCGGCAUUGCGCCCACGCCGACGGCCGGCGCGCGCGCCGACAAUUCGCAGGCGGCCGCCGUCGCCGCUGCCGCCACGGCGGCCAUGUUCACCUCGCCGCACCUCGUCGGCGGCGCAGGCAUCUUUGCGCCGUACGCCUUUGGCAGCCGCAACACAAGUCCGUUCCUUGGCGGCAGCCCCGGCAUGAGCACGCCAAGCCUCAGCCCCGCCUCGACGCAGUCAAGCGUAGCUCACCCCCUCUUGGCUACGGCGCCUCGCCUGACUCGCUCGCCUACGUCAACUACCUGCAGAACAGCAUGCACGGCAACGCCGCCCUGCUCGGCCGCUCUGCGUCCUUUGACGCCGCGACCCACGGCUUCGGCGGCCCGUUCGGCCUCUACAACGGCGGCAUGCCCUUUGGUCCGGCCGGGCUCGGCCUCGGCGGCGCCGGCCUCGGCCUCAGCGGCAUCGACAAGGCGCAGCUUGGCGGUGCGAACAGCAAGAGUGGCGACGCGUCGGCCGUCUAUCGCACCGGCGCUGCGGCACCGGCCGGCUUUCACUCGCCGUACAUGGCGUCGUCGGCGCUGAACGACCAGCGCCGCGGCUCUAUGACCGCUGCGCCAAAGUCUGGCUCCGCUGCGGCCCUCUUCGUACCCAACGAGCUGGCCGCGCAGCACGCCUCGGCUCUGUCCGCCGCGACCAAGCAGCACGGCGCGACACGCGUGUCGACGCCGGCAGGCCAGUCCU